GAGAUGGGUAGAGGAAAUGUAUUGGUUUGGGUGGCUGUGAUUGUGGUUCUGGUAUCCAUCCAAGCCACGUCGGCGGAGGGGAAUGGGGAGAAAAAGCCGAAUCUGGACGCAGCGUCAACUCAUUAUUUCGUGCUGCCGCCAGUGAACAAGACGGGCCAGGAGCAGGUCCUGUGCUUGGCUAGGGGCCGUUGUUUUUUGAAGACCCUCACAUGCCCCACCCAGUGCAUCCAGAGGAAGCCCCGGCAAAACCGCAAGGUUAAGGGCUGCUUCGUCGACUGCAGCAGCAAGUGCGAGACCACUUGCAAACAUAGGAAACCCAACUGUAACGGGUUUGGAUCGGUCUGUUACGACCCUCGGUUUGUGGGCGGCGAUGGUGUUAUGUUUUAUUUCCAUGGGGCCAAGGGAAGCAACUUCGCCCUUGUGUCCGAUGAUCAGCUACAGAUCAAUGCCUAUUUCAUUGGAACUAGGCCGGAAGGAAGGACCCGCGACUUCACUUGGGUUCAAUCCCUCGGCAUCCUAUUCGACUCCCACAAUUUGAUCAUAUCGGCCAAGCACGUUGCUAAGUGGGACGACAAUGUGGACGCACUCACAAUCUCAUGGGACCAAAGAGAGGUUGUGAUCCCAACCGAUGGAGAAGCUGAGUGGCGGAUUAUGAGCGAGAAAGAUGGAGGUAGAGAGGUAUCCAUAGAGCGGACCGACGAAUUCAACAGCGUUAGGAUCACUAUCUCCGGUCUGGUGGAAAUGGAUGUCAAGGUCACACCAAUUGGGGAAGCAGAGAACCGGGCCCACAACUACCAAUUGCCGGCUGGUGAUGCAUUCGCACACUUAGAGACGCAAUUCAGGUUCACCAACUUGACAGACAUGGUGGAUGGUAUAUUGGGCCAGACCUACCGGCCCCGCUACAUCAGCCCGGUGCGGACUGGCAUCCCAAUGCCAAUGAUGGGUGGAGAGGAUAAGUACUUUGUAAAGAGCUUAUAUUCCCCUAACUGUAAUGCUUGCCGAUUCCAGCGAACGCUACUGCCCACCAGCGAAAUAACUGACAGUGGUGAUGCUACUGUUGGGGUGGUGGCACAGUUCUAAUAAUUUAAAUCCCUUGUUUGUUAAAUCAAAAUCAAGCCCGUGUAUGUAUCAAUCACCAUGUCAUACCCUUUUAAGGCGUUUUGGUUUUGUCCAGUGAUCCAAUGUAAUAAGGGCGAUGAUGAUUGUCCCAUUUGCUCUUUGUUUCAAACGCCACUGUAUUUUUGUUUUGGAGUAAAAGAGAACUGGU